AUGGUUAGACACUAUGUACGCAAAACCCAGCGUGCAAACUGGAGCGAAGAGCAAAUGAAACUUGCCAUUUCAGAAGUUGAAAAGAAAGAACUUUCGAUUAGAAAAGCUGCAACUGCCCACGGAGUUCCAAAGGAUGCAUUAAAUCGCCGAGUCAAUGGUAGGCUAAAAAAUUUGUUAGUAAAUGAAAGGCAUAAGAAUGUGUUAGGACGUUAUAGAACAGUUCUUACACCUGAACAAGAGAAAGAGUUCGAGGAGCACAUUAUUAAGAUGGAUCAAGUAUUUUAUGGUCUUUCCAUCAAUGAUAUCCGGGCACUAGUGUAUGAAUAUUGCGAAAAAAAUAACAUUAGCAAUAACUUUAACUCGGACAAGAAAAUGGCCGGUCGAGACUUUGUUAAAGGUUUUCUCAAGCGCCAUCCGAAGUUAUCCCUUCGAAAACCAGAGUCAAUUUCUUUGAAUCGUGUGUUCGGUCUGAAUAGAACUUCGGUAAAUAGGUACUUUGGUAAUUUAAAAACAGUUGUUGAUAAGCAUAACUUUAAAGCACAUGAAAUUUUUAACUGCGAUGAAAGUGGCUUGACAUGUGUCCACAAACCCAAUAAAGUGCUUGCACCGAAAGGAAAACGAACAGUUUCAUCAACAACUAGUGGUGAACGCGGUCAGACAACAACCAUUGUUGUCGCAUGCAGUGCAUCUGGUGUGUAUGUCCCACCAAUGAUGAUUUUCAAGCGAAAAAGAAAUAAACCGGAACUUGUCGACCAUGCACCGGCAGGCACAAUUGCCGGUUGUUCAGAUAGUGGCUGGAUCGAGGCAAAUUUGUUUUUAGAUUAUAUAAAACAUUUUGCAGCCCAUGUGAAGUGCUCGAAAGGUUCACCAGUUCUAUUGAUUCUGGAUGGUCAUAAGAGCCAUACCAAAUGCCUGUCCACCAUUGAGUUCGCCCGUGAGAAUGGUAUUGAAAUGGUUUCAUUGCCACCACAUACAUCACACAAGCUCCAGCCAUUAGAUAGAAGCUUCUUUAAACCAUUGAAGUCGGCAUUCAAUACUGCUUGCUCAAGCUGGUUAAGGAGUCACUCUGGUCGCAGAAUAACAGUCGACAAACUAGGUGAACUUUUUAACACUGCAUACUUGAAAGCUGCCACCAUGGAGAAUGCUAUUUCAGGAUUUAGAUGCUCUGGUAUUGUACCAUUUAAUUCAGACAUCUUACCAUCUUCUGACUUCCUCGAGCAUCCUCACACAGCUGCUUCAGCAUCUGAAGUCGAAUUGGUUCACUCUACUCCAGGAGAGUCGGUUCCCUCCAUCCCAGGCGAGUCGCUCCCUUCUGCCACAGUCUUGGUUUGUUCAACACCUGCCCAGCCGUUAAUCACUUCUACCCCAGUCAAAUCAUUUCCACUGGGUGUGUCGGUUAGCGUCGGUGUGUCGGUUACCGCUGGUGAGUUAAGCCCCUCCACCUCUGGCAGUCAAGAUCCAGAAAAGUCUGUAACACUUAUGGACAUCCUAAAGGUGCCAUUACUUGUUGAGAAACAGAAGUCGAAGCGUUCGGAAGAGUCAGAACAUUUGACAGGUUCGCCGUAUAAACAGGCUCUUCAAAGAGAAAACGUUGAAAAAGAAGUGAAACUGGCAGAAAAGAAGAGGAGGUCUCAAGGUCAUUCUGCUGGAAAGAAACCAAAGAAGGCCAAGACAGCUGCAACCAAGCCAAAAAAGAAAGUCAAAGCUAGCACUGAGGAUGCAGAAUGUCCAAUCUGUGGUGAACUUUGGUCUGUGUCCAAGCCCGGUGAAGAUUGG